AUGCCUCCAAUCCGCACCUCUCGCAAUCGCAAACCACCACCCGCCGGCUUCGAUGACAUUGAAGAUACCCUGCUGGAGUUCAGCAAUAAGAUGAAGGAUGCUGAGAAUGCGUCGCAUGAAGGCAAAAAGAAAUAUGAAGUGCUCUGGCCCAUUUUUCAGAUCAGCCACCAACGCUCGCGAUACAUCUAUGACCUUUACUACGAGAAAGAGGCGAUCUCAAAGCAGUUGUAUGACUGGCUUCUUAAGAACGGCUAUGCCGAUGCCAACUUGAUUGCCAAGUGGAAGAAGCAGGGUUAUGAAAAGUUGUGCUGCCUGCGCUGUGUCCAAACGAAAGAGACGAACUUCAACUCCACAUGUAUCUGCCGAGUGCCCAAGGCGCAGCUCAAGGAGGACCAGACGAUCCAUGACUAA